GGCAGAGAAUCGAAGAAGAAACAACAACAACACUCACAAAGAUCCUCUUUUGUCCGUACUGAAACGAUGGACAUUUCUGUUCGAAUCUCCUCCGUCUUAAGAUCAUCCAAUCUCUGUCUGAAAAAUCCUAGAUCCUCAUCUUCCUCAAGAUUCCUCUGCUCCAAAAGAAACCCCGACGAAUCUCCCAAAAAUGACAAUAACGGUGAUAAUAAAUCUUCGAGGGAUUGGGACAAAGCGUGGAAGAGUUUCAAGAAACAGAGCAAGAAGACAUUCUUCUCUCAGUUCAACGUCGACAAGUACGUGACGUGGAAUCCUCCGAGAUCGGAGUUUCCUUUGUCGGAAGAAGUUGAUCCCAUAAAAAGAACAGAGAGAUCUAAUCUAAUGCUUUGGACAAGUCCAAAGUUCACUUUAGUUGGAGCCAUCGUCAUUGUCUCAGUCCUCCUUCUCUACACCAUUCUUGCUCCUGUUAAGUGAAAAUAUCUUCUUCUUUUUUCUCAUUCACUGCAAAGGUUAUUUAUUAUCCUAGUGGUGUAAUUUAGCUUCUGUAUGUGUUCUAAUGUCUCUAUAUACAUCAUGCUUUGACCAAAGAAAUUCUCGUUUUAACUGAAAUAUAUUUGAUGGUUCCUGCACAAACUCAUGAAUA